UCGCUCGUGAAUCGUGUUUCCAAAUCUCAAUAAUUUUGUAACGUAGAAAAUCUUUUACGUUACAGUUACAACAUUAAGUGAUUUCUAAAUUAAGAAAAAUGGCUAAACGUAAGAACAAACCAUUGAUAGAUUCUGAUUCCAGCAGCGAUUGCUCUGAUUUGGACUCACAAUUUUUAAAUUUAGCAAAAAAGAAAAAGAAGCCUGGUGAAUCUCCUCCACCAGCAAAAUCAAAUAAUAAAUCGUCAGACAGUGAGUCCGACUGGGAUGAUGAUGAUAAAAAAGAUGAUAAAUCAUCAUCUUCAUCAGAUUCAGAUUCAAAUAGUGAUGCAGAAAGUGAUCAUUCAAAGAAAGAGACUCCAAAACCUACAAGAAAAAGUUCUUCAGAAGAAGAUCGAAAGAGAGAUAAAAUUGAAGAGAAGAAGAAAGUUGAAAGAAGUGAAGAGAAAAAGAAAGUUGAUAAAGAUGUUCGAAUGAGUGUUGAUAGUGCUGGGUCAGGAAAGAAAAAAGAUGUCUAUAGUGAACCUGAAGAAGGCGAGGUGUCAUCACAUUCCUCGGAUAAUGAUUCUAUUGACUCUGAAGAAGAAUUUGAUGAUGGUUAUGAUGAAAAUUUGAUGGGCGAUGAAGAAGAUAGAGCACGAUUGGCUGCCUUAUCAGAAAAAGAGCGAGAACAAGAGAUUUUCAAACGUAUAGAAAGGAGAGAUCUGAUGAAAACCAGAUGGGAAAUAGAACGUAAAUUGCGUCUGGCCCGUCGUUCAGCGGCGGAACGCGGCGCCUCACCGGGUGAGCUCGCUCGUCGUCGAGAUAGAAGGAAGCAACGAAGAGCGCAGAGGGCUCAGAGGGCGAAAGCUCAGGCCCAGAAGGAAGCAGAAGCGAGAGAAAGGGAGAGGACUAGUGAGAAACAUGAAUCAGAUAUCGAAGAGCCGAAAGAAGAAGAGAAAUUAAAAGAAAAGCCACCACCCAGUCCGGGGGAGAUUCCUGAUGAUAAUAAAGAUACAGAUCGUAAUGCAGAAAGGUCUGGCUCGCCUCUGUUCGGGGCUAAAAGUGAACGAAAACGUAAUGUUGACGACAAAAGAGUGAAUGCCAUGGCGGCCUUAAGGGCCCAACGCGACGCGAGGGCUAAACUCACGGAGCACAAGCAGAAGAAGAGAAUGGAGGAAGAGAAAAAGGACAAAGAAGAAGAUGAUGACGCAGAUGCAGAAAUAAUCGGUGGCACGAGCAAACAAAGUGUAAAAUUAAAAGCAUCAGAUAUUUAUUCAGAUGACUCGGGAAGCGAUUCUGAUGAUAAUAAAUCGCAAGCAGCCGGUCGUCGCAGUUCCACCAGUUCCUCCUCAUCGUCAGGUGAGGAACCGGCUCCUCGUGAACGGGAGCAGGAAGAAGUGAAGUACGCCGACACCAAGGACCAAAUCAACAAAUUACGACUGAGCAGGUUUAAAUUGGAAAGAUUGGUUCAUCUACCUUUCUUCGCUCGUGUAGUUACGGGCUGUUUCGUUAGAAUCGGGAUAGGAAAUAAUAAUGGCAACCCUGUGUAUAGAGUAGCGGAGAUUAUAGACGUAUACGAAACGGCGAAAGUAUACAAUUUAGGGAACACAAGGACAAACAAAGGACUAAAACUCAGACAUGGCACUCAGGACAGGGUGUUUAGAUUAGAAUUUGUUAGUAAUCAAGAAUUCACGGAAUCAGAAUUUCAAAAAUGGUUCAAAGCUAUAAAGGACGCGAACAAAAAGCCUCCCAUAAUGGACUUUGUUAGAACUAAAAUUAGUGAAGUUAAGGAUGCACUUAUGUACGAAUUUAAGGAAGAAGAUAUAGAAAAAAUUGUAGCCGAAAAAGAUAGAUUCCGAUCUCACCCCACCAAUUAUGCCAUGAAGAAGACACAGCUGAUGAAAGAGAGAGAUGUCGCACAGUUGAGAGGUGAUGAAGAAUUAGUAAUGGACUUAAAUUCUAAAAUUCAAGAGUUGGAGGACAGAGCCAACCAGUUGGACAAGACGAGGACGUCAUCCAUACAAAGUAUUUCGUACAUUAACAAUAGGAACAGGAAACUCAAUGUGGAAACUGCCGAAAAAGCUAUCAUGGAAGAGAUAAAAGCGAAUAAAGGCAAGAAAAUUGACGACCCCUUCACGAGACGACACACGAAGCCCGUUAUGAACUUCAAGUCGCAUCAGGGCGGGAGAAGUCAGGAAGUGGAGAAGCAUCCAGAAGAGGAUGAAGAAGCGCAGAAAAUAAGAGAAGAAGAACAGAAGACAAAAGAGCGACAAGAGAAAGAGAGACUUAUGCAACAGCAAACAGAAGAGGAAGCUUCGAAAUCCCAGAGCAAGAGCGGGACAGAUAGUCUGUACUCGUUGCACGAUUUUGAUAUUAAUAUUGAUAUCGACCUGCCUAUACCUAAAGCAGUAACGAGUCAGCCGAAACAAAUAACGACAAAAGUGAAAGAAACUGGCCCCAAACGUUCAUUAAAUCUAGACGAGUACAAGAAACGGCACGGGCUCAUUUAGUAUAGUUUUUGUAAUGGUAACAUUUAUAAACAAUUGCAUACAAUUUGUUUAUAGCCCCUGUCAAAGCUAGCUCGGUUCGCAAUAAGUAAACGUAUUUCUUUCAAAAACGCCCGAUGUCGGUGACGUCAUGAAAGCUGACAGUUGACUGUAAGAGAAAUAGAUUUUCCACAGGUGAUAUUUUUGUUGGAAUAACACAGAUUUGUGUUUGACGUUUUAGCUGUAGCCGCAAAAUGCAAUAUUUAUAAUUGUUAUCAAACAGUUAAAUAUAAUUGGAAUAGUUUUGCCUUUUUUUAAUUUCACACCUAGUUUAUAAAAACUUAAAGUUAACUAAAGCACUUAGUUUACUCAGACGAUCUAUCGAAUAGUUAACGUCAUAGAAUAGUCUUGCAUUACAUAUCGAAAACUACGUUGUAUCUGUCAAAAUGAAAUGAGAUAAUCGUAUUGACGUAUACGAAUACGAACGUACGAAACAAUACGAGCAAGCACGGAUAGAUCUGUCUCUUUUCAUCGCAUAUGAUUAGAAAGAGCUUUAAAAGAUCAAUUAAGUUUUUAUGAAUCACUGGUGCAUAUAAAAAUCGUGAUCUAAAAUGCGUAUACAAUUGUAUGAACAAUCCAAACCCCCACAAUUCUGAAAGACUUAGCGCCAAGUACGUACGUCGAAAUACGUUUCUGACAUAUAAGUGACACUUACUAAGUAGCUUUUGUCUAUUGAAAAGCUACUGAGUCCAGAAUCGGACUCAAAAAUGUCCUGAUGAACCAGUAUACGCCAGCUUUCCACGUCGUCGUCACAUUGUUACUGAAUCAAAAAUUAUAAUUAGUUUUUACUUAUAAGUUAGAUUAAUUUGUUACAAUUUGUACAAAUCCCUACAAACUAUAGAUAAAAUUCCAAAAACACCAGGCCUUUGUGUCUUUGAGAGCAUUUUCUGUCAAAAGUUAAGGUUAGAUAAGUUUUUAAUUCGUAUCUAUGUCGGACGACAUUGAUACAUUUUUACCCAUGUAAGGAAGAUAGCCUUUUAUAUAAAUACUCACCGAAAAACAAGCUAUAGAUUUUAAUAUUACAUAUAGUACUGACUGGCUUUUGCCUUAAAAACCUGUAAAAAUACAAUUUGUUUCUACGCAAUGUAUAAAGCAAUAAAACGCGCCUUAAUUUAUAUAGUAUAGUAUAUGUUUAUCAUAUUUUAUACGAAUAGUAUAAUUGAAAUCUCCCAAGAACAAAGUAAUUUUGACUGAUUCCUAUAUUCAACGACACGUUACCCAUUAAAAAAUUUAAUAACCGUUAUGCUAAUGAAGUCGUAUAGAUGUCGCCGUACAACUGUUUACACUUAGGUUAAAGUCUUCGAUAGACAAAACCGCGAGCUAGAUUGAAAUCUAAUUAUAUGUAUAGUUUUACGGUCACAUAGAUAUGUGUAAACGAACGUUAUGAUUAUAAUAGUAAUUACAAUGUAGUAGUAAUCUAUUUAUUUUGUCAUUAAUAUCUCAAUAAAGCUCAAACGCUGA